CCCGUGUUGUCACACUCCCUCCCCUAUCCUCUCUUUUUCUCUGUAAUAAUAUUUCCGAGCAACCACAAUGCCAUUCGGUAUUGGUCAUGAAAUCGUCUGCUUAAUCUCGAGAAGUGCUCUCUGGUCGUUCUUUGCCGAUAUCAAACUCCAAGAUGAACACAAUGUACCAAACGAAGGACCCUUGAUUGUUGCUGCAACCCAUCACAACAUGAUUGUGGAUCCUGCCAUUCUCUCGGUCACCUUUCCAGAACAACGACGGCUCCAUUACUGGGCCAAGGACUCCAUGUUUAAAAACUCAUAUGCAGCAAAGUUCUUUGAUAACUGUGGCGUCGUACCGGUUGACAGAAAGACGAAAAACAAUGCACAACUCUAUGCAGCAACGUACAGGGUGAUGCGGUUAGGCGAGUCCAUUGCCGUGUUUCCAGAAGGAACAAGCCAUACUCUGCCGCGGUUGGGCACUUUUAAGGAUGGCACCAGCUUUGCCGCAUUGGAGUACGCAAAGUUAUUGGAGGAAGACCCACGUCCUAAUCCAGAUGGUUCCUUGCCUCGAAGGGCAAAUAUUGUACCCGUCGGCAUUGUCUAUCCCGAGAAAUCAAAGUAUCGCAGCGUCGCCAUCGUAAAAUACGGAACACCAAUUGAUGUGGAGCCUUACAUGGCAACGUACCGCGAAGAGCCGAAAAAGGCAGCCAAACAGCUGACGGCCGAUAUAACGAGUGCAAUAGAGGCUCUUACCGUCAAUGCCCCCGACUGGGAAAGCCGUGAUGCUGCGGAAAUGGCACGUUGGGUCCUGUUUCCUGGCGAAAACGGUUCCAUGCGUGAUUAUAUCAGCGUUACUCAAAGUUUGAUUAACGCGGUGAAUGACUUAUCCCAAACCGACCAAGAUAUCUCAUUACUAAAACAAAGCCUUCGAUCGUACAAACUCGAAUUGGAUGCCCUGGCACUCAAGGAUGUGCAUAUUGCCAAAUACAACGAAAAGGACAUUACCGCAGCCUCAACAACCAUAGAACUCUUGCGACGCACACUGGCAUCUCUAAUCGACCUGCCGCUGUUCUUGCCUGGCUUGGUUGGCCAUCUGCCACUGUAUAUUGCGGGCUACUAUGCAGGCAAAUUCGAAAUCUAUGAAGAAGUCCGGGCCCAGAACAAAAUCGUACUCAGUCUGUUUUUGGUACCUUUCAUUUACGUAUUGGCGUUCAUCUGGGGCUGGCUUACCUUGUUUGGUGGAACCUUCUUUGGAUUCUUUGUCGCGUUGGCUACGCUAGGCGUGUUUGUUUGGUACCACGUCACAUCGAUUGACGAGCGCUAUGAGAGCUUUAAGGAUCUGGUCGGACGAUGGCGACUCUUUGACGCAGUUGUACUAGGUCGUGGGAUGUGGCGCAGGAAGGAACGUAUUCUUCAGUUGAAAAAACUCCGCGAUGUGAACGUGGCUGGUGUUCGACGCAUGAUCAAGACUUACAAGAGCAAAAACGAUGAUGUUCAUGCCGUUUGGUUGGCUAUUCGGUCUCGUGUUAGACAGUUUGGAGAUCCAGCCAAAUUGCAUGGUCGUAAGAAGAAGCUUGCAAAACAAUUUGAAUGGGCGUUUGAAGGUUGAUAUCUUACAUAUAUAAAGAGCUUAUUAAUACGUACUAAAAUGCUCAAUGACAAUGUUGGAUGGGAGAUAAUACAAUGUUUCACAUAUACGGGUGGAUACUCAUGUUACAAUAGUGAGUGGUUAAUCCAUAUACGAAUUCCCUUUGGCAUUAGCAGAAAGAUAUCAAUUACAGUCUGCACAAUAGCAAGCCAUCUGAUAUGCAUGCAGCUUUCAGUGUUACCAAUCUAAGCUUUUAUCAAGAGCCACUAGCCUUAAGCAUGAUAGCCACCAUCAUGAGGAGCUAUCUGUGGCGUCGAUACAUAGCAGAACUUUCUGGAGUGAAAUACUGAGAAAACAACACCUUGGUUAUAUAAUGCUGCAAGUCUAUUUAGAUACAUAGUAAAUAAGCUCGCACGGUGCAUCUGGAAAACACCGCCAGCAAUUUAC